AUGGAAGGAAGAAAAAGUGUCGCAAACAAUUCGUCGACUACCUCUGCAGUUAAAGUUCCUACAACUUAUGUCUCACCAUUCUCAAAACCCUUACAACCUCCUAUAAUACCAAAGCAACUUCCUCAUACAAUUGCAAACAAUUCGUCGACUACCUCUGCAGUUAAAGUUCCUACAACUUAUGUCUCACCAUUCUCAAAACCCUUACAACCUCCUAUAAUACCAAAGCAACUUCCUCAUACAAUUGCAAACAAUUCGUCGACUACCUCUGCAGUUAAAGUUCCUACAACUUAUGUCUCACCAUUCUCAAAACCCUUACAACCUCCUAUAAUACCAAAGCAACUUCCUCAUACAAUUCAGGGUCAAUCAGACUCAAAUUCGAAUUCAAACCAACCUUCAAACGCACCAGAACAACACACACAUGUCUCAACCUCUCAAACUACACAGCAAACACAAAGACAAACUUCCAAUUCUGGUACAAUUCUUAUAUACGAAAAAAAGAGAUCUGACAUUGUGUCAGAUCUCAGUAAAAGUGACAUUUACAUGUCAAAAAAAUAG